AUGCACCGAUCAACAAUCGGGACGCUGCACACACACGCUUCUAGCUUCUUCCCGUCUCUCCUUUCUCUUCUCACACCACCAGGAGAACCUCCAGCCAAGGAAAGGGAGAUGGAGAGCGGCGGAAGGAAGGAGGAGGAGGUGCCGGCGGCGGCCAAGGCGCAGAGGGGUGCCGCGUCGUUCGGCGUGUCCGUGCAGGAGUGGUUUCAGCACGUGAAGGCUAGCAUGCUGGGCGUGGUGCGGAAGGCGACGGCGAGGAGCGAGCAGGAGGCGGCGGAGGCGGACAUGCGGGUGGCCAAGGAGCAGGUGGAGGCCACCGACGAGGCUGAGGCCAAGAAGAAGCAGCUCGGCGCCUGAUCUCACAUGUUGUGACGGUGGCUUGCAGAGAACUGCUCCAUCCAUCCAGCCUUUGUUCAAGCACAAAUUGUAUAUUCAAGGGCAUGUAAAAUAUGUGUGCGUGGUGUUAGACUCUGGGCUCUUCUUCGAUCCUCCGUGUGGUCUUUGUGAUGUAAUCUAGCUGCAACUUUAUUAGGAAGUGAAACUGUACCCUUGGACAGGCAUUCUAAUGUGUGUUACAGUACAUGACUAAAUAUUUGGUCAGUGAAAAUCUACUGGAACUGUGGCUAGUCUGAAAUUCA